UACAAGAAGAAGACGAAGCCGGAAGCAAUCGCCCAAAUGCAAGUAGCAGCUUAAGCCAACCGUUCAACAAGCGCGCACUACCAACAAUUUUCAAACACAUUUCAUUCACAUGAAAUACUCAACUUUGGUGUUCAUUCGUGUAAUUGCUUGACAAAGAACGCGUUCAGGCACAAUUAAAAGAAAGUUUGUUACUUGACCGUACGGUUUAAUCAAGCUAGACACUCGCCGCCGCGCUAAAGAGAAAGAUAGUAGCUCGUGCUAACUUUAGCUCUUAGCAUCUUAGCUGUAAUCGAAACACUCCAAUUGUAGUUCUCCCAUUGACGUGUUGGACUUUAAGUACGUGUUUCAAUUGAAUCUCGUGUAUUGGAUUACAUUAUCGUACUGCGCUGAUUCAUUUCUUUGCUGUUCUUUUGUGCCGUAUUUAAAAGGGUUAUACGUAAGUUUUGAUCGGCAUGGCUGCGGAUUGGCUGGGUAGUUUUGUGUCAAUCAAUUGCGGACCAACAUUGGGAGUCUAUCAAGGAGAGGUGUCAUCAGUGGACCAGUCCUGUCAAACCAUCUCGCUCAGACAACCUUUUCACAAUGGAGUCAAGUGCCCAGUUCCAGAGGUCACAUUCAGUGCCAUUGACAUAAAGGACCUCAAGAUAUUAGAAAUCAGAAAUGGCAAUAAUCAGAACAGCUCUUCAGUGUCCACUAAUGCAAGCAGCGCCCCGGUUGCAGUACCGAAAGGUGAUCCUCGGACCGCAGAGCUCGUCAACUCUCUCCAGCACUGCUCCAAAAGCUAUGGAGACCGCCAUCUAGAUGUCCCCAAGGGCUUCAGGCGAAGACACAACUCCUGGUCAUCAAGCAGUCGAGGUGCAAACCAAGCCACCCCCAAAAAGAAUGGGGUGAAAAACGGUAGCAGCCAGAUGAAGCAAAGGGACGACGAGUGCUUCGGGGACGGCAUGGACGACGGCCUGGACACAGACUUUGAUUUUGAGGGAAACUUGGCCCUUUUCGACAAAGCAGCCGUUUUUUCAGAGAUUGACACGUCAGAGCGUCGCAAUGGGGCGAGGUCAGGUGGAACACCUCAGGAGCACACUCCCUCGCGCUACCGCCAUGACGAGAACAUUAUUGAAGGCAAACCUAUCGUGUACAGACAGAUAACAGUACCACAACCUGGGGCCAAAGAAUACUGCACUGACUCUGGACUGGUUGUACCCAGCAUUGCGUAUGAACUGCACAAGCGUCUGCUGUCAGUCGCAGAGCGCUACGGCCUCACCUUGGAGCGGCGGCUUGAGAUGACCGGUGUGUGCGCGAGUCAGAUGGCACUCACGCUGCUCGGUGGGCCAAACAGGUUCACGCCAAAGAAUCUCCACCAGCGUCCAACAGUGGCGCUACUGUGUGGUCCGCAUGUGCAGGGGGCACAGGGCAUCAGCUGCGGUCGUCACCUGGCCAAUCACGAAGUUGAGGUCAUCCUGUUCCUUCCGAACUUUGUCAAGAUGCUCGACUCAGUCACCAGUGAGCGCACUCUCUUCAGUAAGACCGGCGGCAAGCUAGUGUCAAAUAUCAAAGACCUGCCAGAUACCCCCGUGGAUCUAAUCAUCAACAGCCUUGACUGCCAUGAGAACACAUUCCUGAUGGAUCAGCCUUGGUACCGAGCAGCUGCAGAAUGGGCCAACCAGAACCGGGCACCGGUGCUCAGCUUGGAUCCUCCCAUGAGUGGACAGUUACAGGCAGUGGAGGCCAAAUGGUCCCUCUCUCUUUGCCUCCCCCUUCCCUUGGCGGAGGGGGCUGGCAGGGUGUACUUGUGCGACAUUGGCGUGCCCCGCCAGGUGUUCCAGGAAGUGGGCAUCAAAUACCUCUCUCCGUUUGGAUGCAAAUUUGUCAUCCCGCUGCACUCGGCUUAAUGGGACGGACCACUUCUGGAAGCUUUCACCAUUGUGAGAGCUUUGUAUUUCCUGAGCUUCAAGUGUUGUGCAGUUUACUCAUAGUUGCUGACGUUUCAACACGUGAAUGUGACCUUUCAGUUGUUCCGGAGCACCAUUGUUUAAGUUGAUUCGCUGUUCAAUUGGAGAUUAUUACGCGAAAAUAUUAACAGCAUUAGAGGCUGCAGUAAUUCUGUUCGAUACAACUGUUUCUAUGUCAUAUUGGGAAGAAGCUUAUUUAAAAGUGAGUAUCGAUACAUUGUAGUUAUAUAUUUUGUUGGACAAUCUUGGACUUGAACAUUGUCAUAUAAAUGCCAUCCAAAGCCAUCGAAUAAUUGAACAAUAUUUCUUACAUCUUAGUCACAGACAUUAGUUUGAUGAAACUGGCAGCUACUGACUUCAAAGGAUGUUAAUCUUGAUGUGAUAUUUUUUUUUUGUGCUUAGGUGGACUGUGAUGCAAUGGGCUUCAGUUCUAUGACACCGCAUACCAUGUGUUUUCUUGUAUCAUCCGAAGACCGGUUACAUGUUUAAUUUGCCAAUUUCAAUAGUUUUUUUCCCCCAUAGUUGAUCGGCCACUCUUUUUGGACCAUUGUUUGCAUAACAUAACUUAAAGCUUACAAAAAGUACUUUGUAAAAGUUAAACGACAAGAAAGCCGAGACAGUGCUGUACGACAAUGAAAGUAUGAUUUAACCCACAUAGAAGACAGUCGAUUGAGACUCGGAACGGGUGAUUUUGAAGUUGGCGCUCGAGCAUCCUGCUGUGAAAUAGAAUUCAGGUUUGUGUUCAUGCUGGAGGCCUUUUCAGAGACAGGGAAAUGGGCUUAUUCUAUUAUGGAAUGGGACCGGGUUCAUUUGUGUCUAAACUGUUAAAACACGUGCGCAUUUACACUUUUGCAUAAAUGUAUAAUUUUGACUUCAUUUUAAUAAUACUUGAGUGUAGUAAUACAGGAACAUUAAGAAGCAUCAGCAUUGUCAUUUUUGUUUUCAACAUUCCAGAGGCCCAAUGUGUAACAUGUGGCAAGACUAGCAUGAUGCAUCAGCCAGCAUUAAUGAUUGUGAAUGACCCCCCCACCCCCCACCCCCCUACCCCCUUUACUGGAGCUGGGAUUCUCACAUUUAUUCCGUUGUUCUUGCCUCAUUUUUUUUCUUUGUUGAAGCUGUUCACAAAUGUUUGUACUUGUUUUUCACUUGGCCUUUGACUGUGGUUUUUUGUUCAAGAAGAGAUUGCAUUUCGACUCAAGCAAAGUGUUUCAUGUCUGCAGACUGAAAGAAUUAAACGUGUUGGCCUGUUUUGUGUAA